UCCGGGCUAUGCCCCUUCCACCUGCUGGAGGCGGGGCCGGGGCGGAGCUAAAAUGGGAGCGAGGUGACGCAGGAGCUGUCCAGCUCGCUCAGCUCCCGUCCCCACCCCCACCGAGGCCCAGACUGCCUCGGGCUGCCGCUGGGUUAAAAAUGGUCUCCAGGAUGGUUUCCACCAUGCUAUCUGGCCUACUGUUUGGGCUGGCUUUUGGAUGGGUCCCAGCAUUUGCUUAUAACCCACGAACCCCUGACCGAGUCUCAGAAACAGACAUCCAGAGGCUGCUCCAUGGCGUUAUGGAGCAGUUGGGCAUUGCCAGGCCCCGGGUGGAAUAUCCAGCUCACCAGGCCAUGAAUCUCGUGGGCCCACAGAGCAUCGAAGGUGGCGCUCAUGAAGGACUGCAGCACUUGGGUCCCUUUGGCAACAUCCCCAACAUCGUGGCAGAGUUGACUGGCGACAACAUUCCUAAGGACUUCAGUGAGGAUCAGGGCUACCCAGACCCUCCAAAUCCCUGUCCUGUUGGGAAAACAGAUGAUGGAUGUCUAGAAAACACCCCUGACACAGCUGAGUUCAGUCGAGAAUUCCAGUUGCACCAGCACCUUUUUGAUCCGGAACAUGACUAUCCAGGAUUGGGCAAGUGGAACAAGAAACUCCUUUAUGAGAAGAUGAAGGGAGGACAGAGACGGAAGCGGAGGAGUGUCAAUCCAUAUCUGCAAGGACAGAGACUGGACAAUGUUGUUGCAAAGAAGUCUGUUCCCCAUUUUUCAGAUGAGGAUAAGGACCCAGAGUAAAGAGAAGAUGCUGAGUGGACGCCCACACUGGCUGUUAGGUGUCAGCAUUGCUUACGUGCACGCAUUACUAGAGCCCCCAGGAACAGCAGCAUGUUUCUUAUGUAGAUAAUCGUGGAUAAAAAGCAGUAUUGCCCUUCACAUUGACAGCUCUGCUUUCUGCUAAAUUAAAAUGAGAAGCUUUUUGUUUGUUUGUUUUUUCAACGUGAAUCUGCAAUGAGCACCAAAAUUAAAAUGUAUAUGUCAACAACAAUAAAAAGCAAGACUGGGAAAUGCUCAGAUUUCUUGCAAUUUAAAAUGGUGUUUGGAGCUAUACUGAUUUGGCCAAGUCUAUAAAAAGCUGGCAUUUGAUUUUGAUUAUGUAUUCAUCCAGCCCUUGGGCAUUGUUACACACCAGUAAAGAGGGCUGUACUCAAGGGGAGGAGCUGACACAUUCCACUUGGCUGCAUCUUAAUAAAUAAAUGUGUAUGCCAGCAUUGG